CAACGAACUUUGACAACAGUGGCCCCGCAAUUUACGCAAAGGUGGCGGAUGUGUGUAAAUACCGUGCGGAUGAGAGAGAAAGCAACAGCAUUGUGCGAGCGAGAGUCCGUGAUUCGGAUUUUGGACGAGAGUGAGAGAGCCGAUCGAGAAACAUUUUUUUGUUGGGUGUCAAAAGACACACACACUGCCGCACAAAAAGCAAGAUGGCCACCGUUGUUCGCUCUUCCUCGUCGUCGAUCGUCGUAACAAAAAACGGAAAAUAGUGCAAAAAUCAGGAUAAAUUUCGGUGUUUUCCUAGCGUAAUCGUGGAGUUGAAGUGCUGGAGCAGUGAUUUCGAUAGGAGUUUAGGCUGCGGGGGGCUAAAAUAGGACAUAAAUUGCGCCCCGAAAGUUGGUGGAAAAUAAUUUGGUGUUCUUUUUUGUGUGUGGUGCUGUUCAAAAGGGGAGAAGUUGCAGCAGCAAGCACGAAAGGAAAAGUGAAACUCAGCGCAGUGUCUUCCUGCUGGUAUCGAUUUGUGUUUGUUUUAAUUUUUCUUCCUCUUCGGGGGAUUGGCCUGGCAAAAGGGAUUACAUUUUCACGAAAAAGCGUUUUUGGGCGAGGAAAAAUUGUUGAAAUAGUGAACCACGAUCGAGGAAAUCGCAGACAGCCAUGAGCUGAACUUGUUGGAUUUUCCACUUCGGGAGAGAAGAGGAGUCACUUGAACGGAACCAUUAGCAGCAACAACAACAACAGCAGCAGCAGCACCACACGGAAAAUGACGAAGCUGGCACAGCAGCCUUCGUCAUCCGGUGCUGCUGAUCAGCCUCUUCCGGAAGUUUCGGAACAGUGCGGUGACGAUCAAGGGCAGUCGCCACAGGCCAGUUCCACACCUUCGAAAGGGGCCACGACGCCAACCUCAAAGCAGCGACACCAACCUCCAUCCAGCAGGAGAACAUCAACACGUUUGACCUCAAUCCGGAAUGAUAGUCUGUCGUCAUCAUCGUCGUCCUCUUCCUCUUCGUCUUCGUCGUCGUUGUCCUCGGCGGCUGAUUUAGAAUCUGGGCCGGAUGUGAAACCGCUAAGUGAGGAUUGCUUCAAAGUGCCAUCAGCUGCUCCGGGGACGCCAUGCUGUGAUGAACAACAGGAAACGGGGGUCAUCUGUCGAUUGCCUCUGGAUCGGUUGCAAGCCAUUCUGGGGGCGCUGAACAUUCUGAAGAGUCCUGCCGACAGCGAAUCCGGAACCAGCACCAGUCCCAGUCCAACGUACAAGCUGCUCUGCCUGUAUUGCGAUCGCACAUUUGCCAGUCAAACGUUGAUGGCCAAACAUACGGAUCGGGUCCAUCGGAUACCCAAAGAUCGCCGAAGCAGCAGUCGGGUAUUGCCCACGGUUAACGAUGGAGCUUUUCCCAGCUGCAGCUACUGCAAUAAGGGAAAAGUUCUCAAUCCUGCCUCGGAAGAUCUCUCUCAGUUGUUCAAACAUUUAGUCGAUCAACAUUCCGAUCGCUACUUUGCCUGCGAAGCGUGCGCAUUGCGAUUUCCAAGUGACGAAUCCCGGGAUGUCCACAUGGAAGCCCUGCAUCAACCUUCCGUCAGCACUUCGGAAACUCGCACCAGGCCCAAAUCGAAAGCAGCCUUGAAAAGCUUCAAUCUCAACAAGACCAAGAAUUGCGACAUCAUCACCACGCCUCUCACAAUUCAGGUAGAUUUCGACACGGAAGCCAUUAAGAAUCUCACCAUCGAAAACAUUGAAGCCGUAGAUUCACUUUCGGCCGCUUUGGGCAUGGGCAGUUCCGCCAACAAUUCUUCCACCCGACUCAGGAGUUCGGGGAGAACCUCCGCGCGGUCCGUAACGGCUCCGUCUGGAUCGGCCAAAUCGAAGGAGUUUAAAAAGUCUAACAAGAUGCUGAUGCGCUCCUCGGAACCCACCCUCUCCCGACUGGGAAUCGCUCAGCAUCGAACGCCUCGACAAAGCCGUCGAGCUGCAAAUGCGAAAAACCGACGGAAAAUCGCCACCGACAGCACCAGCUGUUCAUCUUCCCUCUCCGGAACGUCAUCUUCCCAGCCGGACAAUCACUACAACAAAAUCACCAAGUUAAAAACUAUUCGCUCGACACUGAACAACCCCAGCGGAACGUCGGAGACCGAUUUUGUGGUCUCCCGCGGGGGCAAAAACGACAUUGUCAGCACAUACGAUGAAGACUUCUACGACAGCGUCAAUGCAAAUGUGCGCCAAAACCUUAGCUGCCAUCUGGACGGAAAGCUGGAAGCCCCAACCCCGAACGCUCCGUCGCCAAUGAGCCCAGUAAUCGCGGUUCCAGCAAUCCGAUCCACUGUGGUCAAAAGCCCACAUCAACCAGAAAGCAAAAUCCACGAAGCCACCAACCUGCCGGCGAUGACAGUUUUCCCCACGCUGCUCACAAUCGAACAGUUCGGGACCGAUCUCCUGCCAUUGACCAAAAUGAAGAAACCCAUCACGAAAAACUCCUGGAAGUGGAAAUGGGACUUUGUCAAAAAAUACAAGUACGUCAACGAGAACGGCAAAAUCGUCAAGAAAGUCAAACAACCCACCCUCGGGCUGCGAGAUCUGUCCAAGCUGGACAUGUGGACCCAGCUGACGAUGCGAACCAAGCACGAAGUGAUACGAAACCGUCGAAACAUCUACGAGCCCAGCAGUUACGUUUCAGACGUUGGCGAUUCCCUCCGGCAGGAACAAAGAAAGCAAGUCGACGAGCUGAAUCACAUCCUGGACUCUCGGCUGCUGCCACAAAUCAAUCUGGAACAGCACGAUCAAAGUAUUAUCAAACUCGAAGUGGAAGCUCCUCUCGAAGAAGUAGCAGAGUACUCCGAUCAGUAUUCGGAAAAUCAAGAAUCCAACACAAUCGAUGAAGACUUCAUUGCAAGCCUGAAUCUGCUCCGACUUGCCGACAACAACCGACAGAAACAGGUAGUCCUCAGUGGCGAAUGGGCCCGUCCCCGAUGCUAUAUAUGCUACUGCUGUGGCGACAAGUUUAAUUCGCUCAAGCAGAUGGAAGAGCACAAAACCUUCCGGCACCCAUACGUCUACUCCACCUACUACGAAAUCGUUGGCCGAGAACUAAUCGAGAAGCAACUGUUUAAACACUUCUUCAUUCCCCUCUCGGCCCUCACAAUGCACCGUAUCCACUACUCACGCUUGUCGACCUACUCCACUUUCGAUCGCCGCUUCCCACCGAUUCGACAACCAUCCUCCGAAUCGACUGCCACCAUCACCGAGAUCAAGAGUGAAGAUUCCUCCUCGAACGAGGCCACCUCCUUCUCUACCACCACUUCUUCCUCGUCACUCAUGUCGGUCUCGAUCAACACGGCUAGCAGCAGUGGUUCUUCCAUGUCCUCCCGCUCGGCACUGGAUGCGCUCCUCUCAGCCGGGGACGAUUACACUACGUCCUUCACCAACUACCCCGUGGAAUCGUCCCCAGUUCGCUGUUCCAAGUGUAGCAAAGAGUGUGUCAAUACGCUCGUUCUCUACGCGCACAUACUCAACUGCACCAACGACUACAUCUGGCUACAGGCCAAGAAGCGUAUGAAGUAUCGUAGGGCCAACUGCCAAAGGCGCCGCAAGGGAUGCAACCGGGCGGCACUGGCUGCUCGCAAGGCACAGAUGUCACACGCCCAUCAAAGUGCCCAGCCCGGUGCGGUGGAAAAAUCCGAAACGGCCAGCAACCAUUCCGGAGGGGACGCAGACAGCAGCAGCAGUUGCAGUGGCGCCGGGUCCGAGGCGAAGAAGAAAUCCAAAUCGUCGCCUCCACGGCCGAAGGAGAACGAUAGUGACAUCGUCCGACGUCUGACUGCCAAUCUCCCGGCGAAGCGAAUAUCACGCCAGAUAUUGCAGGUACCGAAGCUAAUCCGCAAGCGGCCACAAAUCAGCAGUCUCGUCAAGGGUGGUAAGAAACAGGUGGUGUCCACCCUGGCUCCCUCGAAGGCAGGAGUGCCUCGAGGGGCCAGUGCCAUUGCCAUGAGCAAGCUACGAAGUGGUAAGAUUGCAGCUAUGCCUAAUUCUGGCAAGAAACUGCCGGUUAAGGUCAAGGCUAAUCCUAAACCGGUUGUAAAAGAGGAGAAGGAAACUGAAGAAGUGGAGGACGGCAAAAAGGAAGACAAAUUCAAGGAAGAGAAAGAUGACAGUACCAAAGAGGAGCAGGAACAGAAAGAAGAGGAUGUGUUGGAAAAGAAGGAAGAUAAACCUAAAGAGCAGAAAAGACCUAUUGUGAAAAAGAAGGUGGCGGUUCCGCGUGGAAGGGUACUUCCGGUUCGUGGUAAUGCAUUUGUGAAUCGAACGAUGCAGUGGAAGGGCAAGAAGGUGCUUCCAUUCCGCAAGGGGCUAUCUGGCAACGCUCGAACGCUGCGAAGUGGCAUUGUAAAGACAACACCCGCCGUCGGUGCAAGGAAGGCCAAAGCCAAGAGCGUCACACCGACCAAGAAGGAAGUAGUCGAGAAAGAAAAUAAUCAGGAGAAAGAACCUAGCUCUCCUGUGAGUGCUAAGAAAAACAGUCCUAAACGAAAGGGAAGCAAGAGCCCGAUGGAAGUAGCUGAGAAAGAGGUGAAAUCUGAUCUCUGUGCGGUGACUGAGGAGAAACAAGAACAAGAGAAGAUGGUUGAUGGAAAAGUGGUGGAUGAAAAUAUAUUCGGAGGAAAAGUUCUUGAUAAGGACAAUGACAAAAAUGAUGAGGAAACCAAUAGGAAAGUGAAACCUGUUGAUGAAGAAGUGCCUAAAGAAAGUUCCAAAGACGAAGGUGAACAACGUGAAUCCACGGACGAAACAAGUUCUCAGUUAAAGGAAGCAGAGUCGAAGAUUGAUGAUGUAGCUACACCUAGAACUCCGAAAACGCUGUCAGAGGAGACGCCUCAGCAACCAAUUGUCUCCCAGCCGGUAACCCCUGUCAAAUCACCAUCACUAAGUUCUCCACCGUCGGCUCCCACGACGCCUUCGUGUGUUGCCGCUCAACUGGCGAACAAGCGGAAACCGAAAAAGCUGAACGAUUGUAUUGCAAUGCUGACCAGCAAGCUCUCAGAGAAAAUUGGUGUGGAUUUUUUCAACCAGGCCAUCGCCAAAACUGUUGGACCGAAAAGUACGGCUCCGUCUGUCGAAACACGUGCUUCUAAGCAGUUACUGCUUCCGAUAAACAAUUUGGUGCCAUUACACCCCCCGACGAUUACCGCCAUGCCGUUGCAGAUAAAUCCACCUCAGUCGGCACCACUGCCUCUAGUAAUGAAUACUCGGCGUUCGUCAGCGUCUUCGCAACCUCCUCCAAUGCUCUCUCCGGUGUCACCGAUCGUAACGCCAAUGGAAGAAAUUUCCGAUGAACCUUUGAAUCUGUCGAAAAACAGUCCAAUUGGUAGGAGCGCUCCGCCACGAUCAAGAGAUAUGUUCCAGAAGCCACCACAGCACUUAUCGCCACCACCUCAAUCCCCAACGGCUCUGCAUUCACCCCAUCAACAUCCCGGUUCGAUGCGUCAUCCAUCGCCACAGCCUCCAUUAGCUCAACAUCACCAUCAGUCUCCGCAGCAACAUCAACCGGGACCAUCGACGCCAAACAGAAACCUUCCAUCCAUCAAACUUCCACCGGGAUUGAUCAUUGAGCGAGUCGAGUACAAGUCUCGGCCCGUAAUAUCCAAGGAAGCUCCUUCGGUAACGAUCGUAGCACGUCGACAACCACCUCCAUCGAUGGAAGGUCGAUCUACAAUGCAACAAACUCCGACUGAGCCGCCACCUUCUCCCCAACCUCUAACCAGGCGGCAAUCUAUCCAUCAACAGCAGCAACCUCAUCAACCACACCAACAGCAACUGUACGGUGAUCCGAGGAAGAUCACGCAGCCAUCCCAUCAACAGCAGCAGCAACAAUUACCAUCUCCGAAACUACCACAGCCAACAGCGCACCAGCAGCAGCUCCAACCUCAGCCACAAACCGCUCCUCAGCCAACACCAUCAAUAGCUUCAACGCUACGUCAGGAAAGACCUCUCGAAAACCGUAUUUCCGUAACUAUAACUGAGGCCAAAAGUGACCGGCAUCAGAGUCCGGUCGCUAAGCAGCCUCCAAUUACGCUUAAUAUUCCAGAACGUUUACCCGUUAUCGAUAGGGCGCCAAUUGCUUCGUUGAAUCCUACACCCCUUAUCAUACCUUCUGUUCCCAUUCCCGUACCAUCCCAACAAUCGUCUGGCAGCGGCAGUAGUAAGCGAAGUCGACGCAAGAGUGUCUACGUCGCUCCUACUCCGGCCAGUGAAACUCCAUCACCAGCUCAGAUUUCUCCGAUAGUUCCUCCAGCGCCUGUCGUAGCGCCACCGUUCCUUCCGGGUCCGUUUCCACUGUUCCCACAUUCCUUACUUGCCGGUCCACCACUAGGUCUUGACCUUCAACGGCUGGCUGCCGUUGGUCUUCCCCCUCAUCUGAAACCUCCAGCCAUACCGCCUCUAACCGUUCCAGCACCUCCGGCACCUGCCGCUGCCGCAGCCGCCGCUUUCCUAGAGAAAAUUUUCCUCCCAAAUCGAGACGUUAUCGUGAAACAGAUAGAGAAUGCUGCAGCAGCUGCCGCCGCCGCAGCGGCAGCCCAAUCUUCACCUCCAGUGCAAGUGACGCCCUCGAAAAAUACACCCGAUGCUGUCAAUCCUGCCGCUGACUUGCAAAAACUACAAUCGCCGAAAGAAAAAUCUCCGAGCACCAUACAUGCCGAGGUCAGUCUACCAACUGCUCCUGCCCCCGCGGAAAAGAAAAGCCGUUCACGCGCAAGGAACUCGAAAGCGAAGACCCAAAGCGUUAUUGUAUCGUCUUCCACGGCAACACCUCCAAUUCUUCCGGGACCUGAAGUUCCUAUCGCACAACCACUUCCAGCGGAAGUCACUGAACCGAAGACCUGUACUCCGGUUGAGCCACUCUUGAUACCAGCUCCUGUGCCAAUAGAACAACCAAUCGUUGUUGCUCCUUCAGCACCAGCACCCUCGAAAAAGAAGACACCUCCUAGACAACAAUCACCUCCGAAACAGCCCGAAAAGAUAGAAUCCAAUACAUCAAUACAGGAGCCUGCCGGCGAUAGUCAGGUAGAUCCCAAGUCUCUCGACACAGACCCUGAAUCAGAGGAACCCUCGAAGUCUUCACAAACUCCGACUCCGACGGCUAACAGCUCGUCCAAAACGGUCCGCAAACGACGGAAGAACGAGCUGGCUGCCAUUCUUUCCGAUCAGCUGCUGGAAAGCUUCAAGGAAGUGGACCAAAAUGCCCUACAAGACCUGAAAAUGAUGCACGACAUGUCCUGCGAGAAGCCUGACAUCAAGUUUUCGCUCGAGCAGAUUCCGCAGCUGGCGAAACGUAAGGUCAACAUUCGACAUCCGGAUCUCUUGACGCCGGCUACGCGGCAGUCUCCAGUGGUCGGUGGAAAGAAAACGCCGGCCAAGAAAGGCACCAAGGAUCAACACGGCAAGGAGCAGUCAGCGGAGGAAUCUCAGGAAGGCGAGAAGAUCGAAGAAGUCGAAGUCAGGGACGAAGCUGACGUUGCAGAGAAAGACGAAAGUGCACAGAAAUUGGUCGUGGAAGAAGUAGACAAGGUGGAACAGCUGCCAGAACCGGUGGCCGAGGAUGUUCAAAAGCCAGCCUCAAAGAAGACUGCGAAAAAAGCAUCAGACAAGGCUCCUAAAAAGGUGGAAGCAGAAGAUGAGCAGCCAGCAGAAGUACAACCGGAAAAGCCGGUAACUCCUGUGGUACAACCGGUGAAAAAGGCACCUCCCAAUCGAAGAACUCGAAAGCUAUCCAUCGACAUCGAACGAGUAGCAGGAUUGGAUAGAAAAGGACGUCAGAACUUGAAGGCGAAGUAUUCGAAGGAACUGGAAAGUUUGGAUAUAGCGGAAAAUAAAAGUGAAACCCCGGUGCAGAAGAAAACGAAAGGUAAAUCUGGUAAGAGGCAGGAAACCGCAAAGGCACCUGCAGAAGACGAUGCAAAGAAAGAAAAGGAUAAAAUUCCAGAAACUGAUAGUCCAACAAAUAAGCAAGUUGAGAAGGCUGUUGAUGAACCACCGGUUGCGGAACCUAUACCAACGAGUUCGAAGAAGAAAUCUCCCCCAAAAUCCCGAUCCAAAACGCCGUAUCCUUUUCCAAAAGAGAAUUCAGCCGAGAAGACGGAUCUGGAUCGCUUGAAGGAAUCGUUGAACAUUGAAACUCCAACCAAGAAAUUGGCAGGGUCGAAGAAGAAGCAACCAGCGCCGGUUCAAGAGCAGUCGAGUGCUGCUGAAUUGGUUAGCUUGACUCCAGAACCAUCGAAUCAAAAGAAAUCAGCCAAACGAAAAAGUGGAAAGGUGGAAAAAGACGAAUCCGUCGUCGAGGCAGAAAACCUUUCGAUCAGUAAGAAAAAGAAGGAUGUUACUGAAGAAGCAGAAUCCAAGCAGGAGAAAACUGAGCUACCUAAAGAAAAGAGCAAGGCUCCUGCGAAGCGCACCAAAACACCUGCUCCAGUGGAAGAACCGAUCCUCAAGAACCCCGUAAAGCAAUCCAAGAUAGCAGCUCCCGUGGAAGAAACUGUGGAAAAGCAAACUAGCAUAGCUAUCCCUGUGGAGGAGAUCCCGAAGAAGCUUCCAACGAAGCGAUCCAAGACACCUGCCCCUAAAGAUGUAUCACCAGUUAGAACUCCUACGAAGCGAUCUAAAACACCUGCCUCUGUAAAAGAUGUGUCUCCUCCACCUAAAGAUGUGUCACCAGUUAGAACUCCAACCAAGCGGUCUAAAACACCUGCCCCUGCAAAAGAUCUGUCACCUGCGCCUAAAGAUGUGUCACCAAUAAGAAGUCCUACAAAGAGGUCUAAAACACCUGCCCCUGUUGAAGUAAAAGCAAGAACUCCGUCUCCCGUCGUUACCCCUAAGAAAGCCAAGACACCAACUCCUCCGAAGCGUAUCAUGGCACGUCGAUCGUCGGUGUUUGUCGAUCGAAAUCUAGCACAAUACUUAGAGGAACGAGAUGCCGAACAAGAACUGCUGUCGCACAGUUCCUUCAAAGAUGACCUCAUCCUAACGUCUCGUCGAGGUACCCGCAGCCAGGGAACGGUCGAUUUGGAACUAGUUCAAAGCUUUGCCGAAGCUGCAAUGAAGCCGAGAGAUCCUCGGAGAAGAUCUGCUGCAGCUGUUGCAGCCGCUGCGGCGUCUGCUAAACGUGCCGAGGAGGAGCGAAAGGCAGCUGAAGAAGAGCGAAAACGGGUAGAGGCAGAAAACAGACGGUUAUGGGAGGAGGAGAAACGAAAAUAUGAAGAAGAGGAAGAGCGGAAAAAGCAAGCUGAAGCAGUCAAACCAGCGCCAGUAUUGCGAAGGAUCAGUGCACGGAGAGCUUCUCUGUUUAUUGCACCACCUCCGGAGGUCGAAGAACCCAAGCCAGCGGAAGAAAACAUUGUAGAAAUCAGCAAAGCCACGAAGCGGCAGUACAGGAGAAGAGCAUCAGUCUACCAACCGAUGUCUUUCUUAGAUGAGGAGGAACAGAUGGAGAAACAGAAGGAGGAGCAAAAAGCGAAAACACAGUCGCGGUCGAAAACGCCUGGUCCAGGCGGAGUGUGGGAUGAGGAUAUUAAAACACUCGGAAGAAGGCGUAAUCAGAGUUCGGUGUUUAACGGUACUCCAGAACCAACGAUUGAUUCCUUGCUGGAACCGUUAACUUUGCCGAACAGUGGUACAAAGAGAAGAACCAAGAACAGCCAAUUGGCGGAGAACUUGUCCAAGCUGUUCAACAUCGAAGAGGAGAUUCAGAUGAUUGAUCGAAGUAAACGCAAACCGAGAAAAUCAAACACUCCGGUAGCGUUUGAAUCGCCUGCAACAGCUCCUGUAAGUUCCACGCCGAUGAAGGAGGUUAAAGAAUCUUCGGUGGCACCCAAGGAGUCGCCAAUCGUUGCGGAGCCGAAGAAGAUAGAUGAGCUUGUUAAAGUGGUGGAGAAAGAGGUCGCCAGGGUAAGCAUAGCGCCGAAGCCACGCGAAUCGCUUUCAUUUUCGAAUGACGACGAAGAUGAUACACCAAAGCUCAACAAGCUGGUGGAAGACAUCAUUAACAAAUCAGAGUCCGAAUCGGAUUCCGAUGACGAUAAUAUGUCGCUGGCAUGCUUCGUACGGAGGGAGGAAAGUUUUCUGAAACCUAACCAACAUCAGUCGCAGGAAUCUUUGGAGGGAAAUGCCGAGGACGAAAGCAACAGUGCAAUGGAUGACGAUGUGAGCGUCACGACAGAAGUCACAACCUUUGGCGGCAGUAUUAGGAAACGCAAGCGUCGAAAGUCUAUCUGCGUGACAAAAUCUAGAAGGCCCAAACCCACUGUCAACGACAGCAAACCUGUCGUAACAUUCAACUGUGAUUUGUGCAAAAAGGUAUUCAAAAAGCAAGACGCCUUCAACAAGCAUCGCAUGACGCUGUCACAUAUAGCAAAACUCUCUGAACAGGAAUACCUCGAAGCACAGCAAAAGGUGCGAGAAGCAGCGUCAAUGACGACUUCUCCAGAGCGCCCAAACCAAUCCACUAUUGCUGCUCAAGCGACUCCACCUGCAACUGGGUCAUCCCCUCCGAAGGAAUUCGACAAGGAUGGUCCAAUGAAAACGCUGAGCCAAGAAGAAAAGCUGUUCUACGAAUGCUGUUCAAUGCUCAAAGAAUCAAACGCGGACAACGAGAACUUGAAUCUCACCGUAUCGCUGAAAUCGGAUGAAAUGGCACCAGGCAUAGUGUGUGACCAGGUGUCAACCGCGAAGGCAAGCGUCGCCUUCCCUAACCCUUUUGCUGGGCUUCCCGAGCAGGAUAAAGCCUCGGAAAAUUGCUUCAACAUGGGCGACAGUUUUCCCUCGUUCCAAGAUGUCAGCGAAAGUGAAAACUACAUCCAGACCAUCAAUCAGCGGUACGCCGAUAAGAACUUGGCCGAUCCUUUCACCAAACUGAGUGAGGCAGACAUCGCUCAACAGGCGGAAAAUGAUGGAAACCUAUCACCUCAAAAUUCCACCAAAUCUACGAGCUCACAAGCGUCGGUAUUUUCACAGAAAACUAUCAAAACCAAAGGUGCGCUGAAGGGAUAUGACAAUUUCAAGGUCUCGAUACCAAUGACCGGCAUACAGGUUGCUAAGGAAUCUAAACUGGACACCUUGGCGGAUGUAGCACUAUGUGGCGAUAUUCCGCAAGUGUUUGACCUGAAGGACAACGAGGAAGGAAAGGAAGAUGAUUUAUCAGGAAGAAUGUCGGAGGUUUCUACAUCCACUCCUCAGUCUAGUCAGAAGGCAGCCAAAAGCGAGGGUUCUCCGAAGAACGGUCUACAGACCAGUGGAAAGCGAACGCCAGCAAAGAAGGAAUCGCAAGGCAACAAACUUGGAUUUCGAGCUAAGAAGAAGGGCAAUGCUACACCAACUAAGGCCCCCACCCCUGCAGCUGCUAGCACAUCCAGAAGAUCGACCGCCCGCGGAAAGAAAGCACCUGUCACACCCAUUGCGAAAACUCCACGUCAAAACAGCAAGCCCGAUCCGGACGAUGUGUACGCUUUUCAAGAUUCACCCCCCGAAGAGCCGGAAGCACUGCACUCGUACUCGUCGAAGAAGACUACAGCGAGUACUUCGUCACCCGCCAUUGCAGGCAAAUCAGGCGUGGAAUCGCAAUCGGCCGAUCAAGGCGAAGAAGACAGCCAACUGUCGAGUUUGAGCUUCUCCGACAGGGAUGAUUUCGUGUACGGCACCAACACGCUGAGUGAGGAAGAUGAAGACGACAAGAGUAGCAGUUAUAGCAGCUCCCAAACGACACCGAAGAAACCCGUGAAGGCCGAUGUGCAAAAAAAGAGUCUUAUCAUGGGAAGAAUUUUCAAGAAAACUAAGGAUAAACCAAAAGAGGAAAGUGGGACGAAAAAAGCAGCGGCUGUAACAAACGAACCAGUAGCAAAAGACUUCGAUAAACUGUUCGAUACGCUUAAGAAGUCCGAUGCCGAAGAUAAGUCUGAGAAAGCUGAUACUUCCACCGAGGCAGAUCAAUCAUCGGAAGUCGUAGAUCCUAAACUGCUGGAAGAACUCGAGGAUGAUGAGAAGGGUAAUCGUAACCUGCGGCGAAGGAGUACGCAGAAGAAACUGACUGAAACUUGGGACUCCGAUGAAUAUGAAGAUUUCAAUCUGAAGAAUGUCGUGGAUUUGAUCGAGAAGAAGGAUGGAAACAGUGUGGUAAAAAAGGUACAGAAAGAUGUGAGUAACGCUGAAGUCGAGAGUAAGGAUACGUCGAAAUCAGAAGAGAUAUCCGACGAAUCCCCCUUAAAAGUAGUGAAUCAACCAUCGAAGGAACCGGUAACAUCGAAAGGCAAAGCUGUCCCGGAUAAGAAGCCCCUCGUGACUGAUGAAACUAUUCGUCAAGUGAUGGAAAGUGUAAUCAUGGAAGUCUCAAUGAAUAAGAACAAUCGGGUGAGAGAUAAUAAACGUCGCGGCAAGACACGGCCAAGCAAACCGGCCUCGUCGGAUUCAUCUCGGGAAGAUGAAAACCUCUUGGAGAAGGAUUCCAGUUCCGAAAAUAUAGGUUCCCUAGAUGAUCAUGUACUAGAAUCGAGUGUUAUGAUAUCAUCGAAAACCAUCACAACCAAGUUCAAGCAGAAACUGAAUUCGACACAAAGCGGGAAGCAGAAAGAAGAUACGAAAGCUCAAAAGCAAACAACACAAUCGGAAAAGGCACCACAAGAGGAAGCGAAAAAGCCCACGGCCACCAAAACUAUCAACAAUAACAAUAAUCAAAACCAAAAGACUAAAGUGGCAGCGAAAGCAAAGGACACAUCGGAAGUCAAAAGCAACGCCAACAAUGCAAAACAAAAGCAACGAAAAGGUCCACCGAAGAAGAUGAAAAAUGUGGCCUACGAUCCGGACAGCGAUUUCGAGGAUAAUAUCAAGUGCAAAAAGGUGAAGAAGAAGCUGCUGGAAAGCGACAUCGAAGCCAAUCUGAAGAUCGAACAGUUGAAUGCACAGUUGAGUGAUAGUAUCCUGAUGCCAGCGCCUCGGCGGAAACGGAAUGCUGCAGAGACGCUCUACUUCUGGUCAUCGUCCAGCGAGGAGGAUGAUCUGGAGGAAGACUUUGUAGAGGUGUCCAGUAGCAACAAGAGUGGCGGCGGAGGCAGCAAGAAGAAAAAAGGCGGCGGCGCGAGCAAAGCAAAGCCAACAAAGGCCCAGCAGAAACAACCGAAGCAGCAGCAACAGCAACAACAACAGCAGCAGCAGAAGCAACUGGACAGCCAGUCUGCGAUGGAAGCUGGAGACGAUACGAGCAGCAGUAGCGAGCACAUGCAACAGCACGGCUGGAUCGUCGGCGACUCGCACAAAAAGCUGGUAACGUUGUUGGCCCACGCCAAGGGUAAGCAAGAUAAUCGAACGGUGAAGGCGACUGGCAACCGAAGGAAAUAGUAAGUAGGAGGGGUCUAACGUGCUGAAGAAUCCUCUACCCGUUAUUCUUAAAGCGGGGGUUCUUCUAUCUCGGAAUAACUACAUAAAUACCAUCUUAUGGAUGCCUGAGUCAUGGAACUUAGCGCAUCCCAUUUUAAGACUGCAUGACAAGUAGUCUCAAGUACAAUGAAACAUCAAUCGCUGGAGGUCGAACAGCAAUGACGGAAUCUUGAAAAACAAACUACUUAUCAAGAGCGUAGGUAUAUGAAUUUGUGAUAUGUAUUCAGCAAAAAGAGCAGACGAUUCAAGACAUGAAAUUUUAUCUGUUGUAAGAUUAAUGAAGAGGGGGGAACGAAUCAAUCAAAUGCACCCGAUGCAUGUACCCACAAUCGGGAACGACGAGCAGAGCAAUCUGAUAUAGCCGGGAUUUAGUAUACUUUUCGUUUUAGUGAAUCCAUGUUGGUUGCGGAUGGGGCGACACAAUUUCUUACUAUCAGUGAAGGUAGCGAACAGUUAUAUAGGAGCAAAUUUUGGAAUAUGGUGAAACGUCCUACCACUAUCCUUAUUGUAGAGAUUUACUCAAAUUGUGGAGCAGAAAUCCGAUUUGAUCGGAAAGAAAGCUGAGGAAAGCACGUGCAGUUGACUAGUAGGCACAACAUAGUGCUGUUCAUAAUGAAUCGUACUGAAAGUAAAUAAUAGAUAUACAAUUAUUUAGGAAAAGUAAAUGGAAAAUGCAAAAAAAAACAGAAGCAGAUGUCUAGACUUGAUGGAGUAAUGCGAAAGUGCGUGUAACAUAAACUAAACCCGAUGGAAUGCUGAUUUCUAACUAAAAGUAAACACUAAAUUAUCUAGUUCAUGUAUAGUUAUGUAAGAAGUAGCUAAAAACCCUAUGAACAUAGCCUCUAGGAUACGAAACAUAAGAGCAAUUUUAUUUUUAUUGUCCACCCCUCGUAAACUAUGUUCAAAUUACGUUUACAAUCGAAUGACUGUGCAAAAUUAGUUGAAUUAACAGAUAGAGAGCUUUUUUUAUUUUAUUUUCUUUUUUUCGGAUAACAAACCAACCCAACAGUCAAAAUUAGUGCUUUAAGGUUCGCGAUAUUUUCGUUGCUUAUAUCGGUUGCCGGGAACUGAACAAUUAAUUUUUAGGAGCCUAAUCCCGUCCCGAAACAUACACAUACAUUUCACACAUCCGAGGAACAUACCUACUCACACUACUCAUGCACGCAAUCUGCCACUGGUGUUUUCAACGCAAUUAUUUAAGUUACCUUACGCGACGCGGCAGCACAACCAGGACGUUCAACAGCAAG